GAACUUUGGUGAUUGAGUGUACUCGUUGGUGCUCGCCUGACAUGCUGCUGCAUUUGAAAAGCCGCAUUUUUCUUUGACAACAUCCCGAAAUAAAUUUUUAUUCAACCUCUCUGCUUUGAUCAACUUUUCCGUCAUGCCCGCCACAAAGAAACAGGGAUCCGGUGGAUCGGCACUCAAACGACUCAGAAAAUCGCUCACCACUGCCGGUGUCGUCGGCCAAGAAUCAAAAGCGAGCCGAUCGAAGAAGGACAGAAAGCGUGGUAUCCCAACCGAAGUUGGCAGGAACUCGGCUGCUGACAAGCUCAGUGUGAUUCGUGACGAAUUCAAUCCUUUCGAAAUCAAAACUUCUCGUACCAAAUUCGAUGUCAUCAAUCGUAAAGUUAAGGGUACUGGUGGAAAACCGGCAUUAAAUAAGCAGAUUGGUGAAGAAAACCGUAAAAAGACAUUGUUGUUGGAAAUGAAAAGCAAGGGCCAUGUGGGUGGUAUUCUUGAUAAGCGUUUUGGUGAGAACAAUCCCCAAUUGACACCUGAAGAACGUAUGCUUGAGCGUUUCACAAAAGAAAAGCAGAAAAACGCAAAAAGCAGCAUGUUCAACCUGGAAGACGACGACGAUCAAAUGGGACUGACGCAUUAUGGGCAAUCGCUCGCCGAGAUGGACGACUUUGACGAUACUGGCUUACGCUUGAGCGAUGAUGAAGAAGGACGUGGUGGCCAGUUGGAUAGAAACGUUGUCGCACAAAUGCAUUUCGGUGGUUUCGAUGACAACAAAAAGGCCGGUGAAAACAACGGUGACGGAGAAGGAGAUCGGCCCAAAUCACGCGCCGAAGUCAUGAAGGAGAUCAUCAUGAAGAGCAAAGUAUACAAACAAGAAAGACAGGCUGCCAAAGAAGAAGAUGAAAACCUGCGUGAAGGAUUGGAUGAAGAGUUCAAGGACAUACAGGCAUUGCUAGACACCCAGUCCUCAAAGAGAAAGCCCUUGGUGUCACAGACGGCCCUGUUCUCAAGAUCUGAAGCUGAAAAACCAGAGCAGAAGGACGACGACGACGACGAGCAGAAUGACGAAAAGGAGAAGAAUAAGUACGAUGAUUACGAUGUCAUGGUCCAGGAGCUUACUCGUGACAAGCGUGCCAUGGCCACCGAUCGUACCAAGACUGAAGAAGAAAUUGCUUUGGAAGAAAAGGAGAAGUUGGAAAAGGCUGAACGUGCACGGAAGCGACGUAUGGAAGGCCUGGACUCCGAAUCCGAAGACGAGGGUAAUAAGCGUGGACGUGGCCGUAAGCGCCAACGCAAGGGCGCUAAUGCACCUGAGGGCGACGAUCUGGAUGACGACUAUUUGGAAGACCUGGAAGAUGAAGCCAGUAAGCUCGGUGAAGGUCUGACACUGGAGGAUAUCCAAAACGGUGCUCUUAAUGCCGACGACUAUAGCGAAGACGACGAAGCCGAAGAAGGCAGUGGAAUUGACGAAGACGAGGAGGAAGACGAAGAGGGAAGCGAUGAAAAUGAAGAAGAAGAUUACAGCGAUUUGGAGGAAGACGAGGUUCCCGAGUUUGGUGACGAUGACGAUGACAUGAACGAUUUUGAAAGUGGUGGCCUCGUCAAAAAAGCUGCUAAAGCAAUCAAGGACAAGCAAACCAAAGCGGUACAAAGCGAUAUUAAGCGCGAAAUCCCUUACACGUUUGAAUGUCCAAGCACACACGAAGAAUUCUUAGAGAUCAUGAAAGGUUUGAAUGUGGACGACGCGCCUACAGUUGUCAAGCGUAUUCGUGUUCUUUAUCAUCCCAAACUGGGCCCAGACAACAAGGCAAAGCUUAGCACAUUCCUUGGAGUCCUUGUCGACCAUCUUGGAUACAUUGCAUCGACCGUUACUCCUCUUCCACACAAAACGUUGGAAUCACUCAUCGCACACACUUUUGGAAUUGCCAAGCAACUGCCGACAACAGCAGCAGACGUGUUUGUUGCCAAGUUAAAGGAAUUACACGGUACCAUGGGUCAAAAAAUGAACCAGCGACAAGGCUCAGCAUUUCCUGACGUUGAAGAAAUCACACUGUUACGAUGCCUUGGUAAGGUAUUCCCUACAUCCGACUUAACACAUCCCGUGGUAACGCCAGCCACUAUCUACAUGAGCCAGGCAUUGGCUUUAUGUCGAGUACAAUCAGAAAUUGAUCUUGGACGGGGGUUGUUCCUUUGUCUUUUGUUCCACGAGUAUCAAUCAUUUUCCAAACGCUUUGUUCCAGAAGUCCUUAACUUCUUGCAACGGUCUCUGGUCCUUCUUUCACCUAAAGAUCUGUUUAAUAACGACGACUUGCCCGGUACAUUCCCCAUUGGCGACAGCAGCGGUGUAUCACUUCAUAUCGAAGACUCUGUCUUUGAAGGCGCCGAGGAGAUUCCAUCUUUGACUUUGGAGCAGCUUGGAAUCGAAAACGUCGAGCAUGACGAAAGCCAUCUUCUGCGACUAUCAUUAUUGCAAGGUGCUUUACGAUUAUUGACUCGAUACCUACAGUUAUACGCAUCCACGCAGGCAUUGGUAGAAGUGUUUGAGCCUUUGCACAGCAUAGUAACUCAAAUGUUGACGGUGUCAUGGCAUAAGGAUAUCGAGUCAUCAUUAAGUAUUUUACAAGAUCGACUGAAACGACAAAUGAAGUUCUGCAAGGAUAAGCGCACAAAGACCCCAUUACGAAUGCAAUCGCAUCGACCCAUACCCAUUGCGCAGCACUUGCCCAAGUUUGAACAAGGCUACUCAUACGACAAGCAUUACGAUCCUGACCGCGAACGAUCUGAGUACAACAAACUUCAAGCACAGAUCAAGAAAGAAAAGAAGGGUGCCAUGCGUGAACUUCGCAAGGACAAUAUGUUUAUGGCUCGUGAAAAGGCAAAGGAGCGUAAGCAGAAGGAUGCCGAGUAUGAUAAGAUGAUCAAGGGUGUCAUGAAUAUCCUUGAGAGUGAUCAGGCCGAAAAGAAGCGACAGGAGCGCGAAAAAAGAAGAUAAACAGUAAUACAUCCAUACAAAAUAAAUUAUCUAUACUUUGUGUAACUAGACC